AUGGAGGAGGAGCCCGUCGUCGUCGUCGUUGUCACGGAGUCAGUCCAGAGCGGAGCACAGCUCGCCGUCAGCCCGGUGUGUCGAACACAUUUUAAAGGUUUUUAACUCUUCGUGUCCCGGUGUGGGACCCACAGUGUUUUUAAGGAGGAACAAAGCUUUAUUUUUGGAUUGAGCCUCAGGAGCUCACUACUCAAACGAUCUUUCUGUGUUUUCUCUACCAGCCACCUCAGCUCCUCAACAACUCCUGUACAUAUAUAUAUAUAUGAUUCUAUAUAACUGUUUUAUCUGUGGCAGGUUAACUCUAGGCUGUAGACGGACGUUUGUCUCCUGGUAGAAGGAAAGAGUCCAAUCACUGCUUCAGCUUCACCAGUUUAAUCCUGCUGUUCACAGAGAAACACGAGGAAAACGAACCUCAAAACACGACUUCACGUUCUUCAGCCAUCCCACCUUCAUUCCCAGCUGGUGUGAGGACCUUCUCUGUGUUUCCAUCAUGGAGGACGUCAGACUUACAGUAGAUGAUCAGAAACGUCUUCAGCUCCAGUCAUGGACCCCCCCAGAGUCCGACUGACUCUGGAUCCACAUCCACGAUUCUGUCAAACGCCCUUUUCCUUCAUUUUUGUUGAAGCUCUGAUUUAAAAACAGCCUGGGAUCUUAUUUUUAGAAGAUCUGGUUUCUGAAGGUCGAAGUUUCUGAAGGUCCCUCUGAUGGAGUCAAAGUGUGUUUUCAGGUUCUGUGGAUGGAGCGAUGCAUCCAUCCAGAAAAAAGAGAGAAAAUGUGGACAGAAAACAUCGACACCGAUCUGUCCAUGAGACGGAAAUGAGAGGAGGUUAUUUCUGCGCUCAUCAUCAUCAUCAUCAUCAUCAUCAUCAUGGUUAAACAGACAGUAGUGAAGUGUAGUGAGUCAGACGGUGUUUGUUGUGGUUCAUGUUUUCUGUCUCCUUCAGCAGGAUCUGUGCUGAUGUACAAACUGUCAAUUACAGACGAGACUCCAUUACUAAUCACUGCUGAUCAUUCAGCCCAGGAUCAUUUAGGCCUUUCACUUCUAACUUUAGAGGAAAAUCAAGAAUAAGACUCUGACCCUGUCUCUGCUCUGAAACAAACAGGAGGAUGUUGGUUUGUGGCAUUAAGUGAAACCAGCUGGAUUUAACCUCCAGCUCCAGGUUCUUUCAGGUUCUUUCCAUCAAUGAUCAGGUUUCAAUAAGAACUCCAUAAAAACAGAAACACUGACUCUCAUUAGGUAAAGAGGGUUCAGCAGCUGGAAAACCCCUCUGUUUCACUCUCAGACUCAGACUAACUCUGUUUCACUCUCUCAGACUCAGACUAACUCUGUUUCACUCUCAGACUCAGACUAACUCUGUUUCACUCUCUCAGACUCAGACUAACUCUGUUUCACUCUCAGACUAAGUCUGUUUCACUCUUAGACUCAGACUAACUCUGUUUCACUCUCAGACUCAGACUAACUCUGUUUCACCCUCACAGACUCAGACUAACUCUGUUUCUCUCUCAGACUCAGACUAACUCUGUUUCACCCUCACAGACUCAGACUAACUCUGUUUCAUCCUCACAGACUCAGACUAACUCUGUUUCAUCCUCACAGACUCAGACUAACUCUGUUUCACUCUCACAGACUCAGACUAACUCUGUUUCAUCCUCACAGACUCAGACUAACUCUGUUUCACUCUCACAGACUCAGACUAACUCUGUUUCACUCUCAGACUCAGACUAACUCUGUUUCACUCUCAGACUCAGACUAACUCUGUUUCACUCUCAGACUCAGACUAACUCUGUUUCACUCUUAGACUCAGACUAACUCUGUUUCACUCUCACAGACUCAGACUAACUCUGUUUCACUCACAGACUCAGACUAACUCUGUUUCACUCUCUCAGACUAACUCUGUUUCACUCUCAGACUCAGACUAACUCUGUUUCACUCUCAGACUCAGACUAACUCUGUUUCACUCUCUCAGACUCAGACUAACUCUGUUUCACUCUUAGACUCAGACUAACUGUUUCACUCUCAGACUCAGACUAACUCUGUUUCACUCUCACAGACUCAGACUAACUCUGUUUCACUCUCAGACUCAGACUAACUGUUUCACUCUCACAGACUCAGACUAACUCUGUUCCACUCUCAGACUAACUCUGUUUCACUCUCUCAGACUAACUCUGUUUCACUCUCAGACUAACUCUGUUUCACUCUCAGACUCAGACUAACUCUGUUUCACUCUCAGACUAACUCUGUUUCACUCUCAGACUCAGACUAACUCUGUUUCACUCUCAGACUCAGACUAACUCUGUUUCACUCUCAGACUAACUCUGUUUCACUCUCAGACUCAGACUAACUCUGUUUCACUCUCAGACUAACUCUGUUUCACUCUCAGACUAACUCUGUUUCACUCUCACAGACUCACACUUCCAUCGUCACUCUGACAGCAGGAUCAGCUGAUAUCAUGGAUGUUGAAAAAAGACCUACUUUGUCUCUUGGGUUUCCUGAACCGCCUCUGUGUUUCUCUGGACAGGAAGAGUCGGUGUUUGUGGCACCGGCCUGA